GCGGCCGGCGCGACACCGGCUGGAGGAGGCGCAGCGCCCGCGCCGCCGCGGAAGCGGGUGGUCUGGCCGGCGCGGGUCUGCGGCUGCGCAGAAGCCGGUCCUGCCCGGAGGUGCCCCCAGAUCGCGCCUGCGGCGCUGUUCCCCGCCCCCCGAGGACGAGCGUCCAGCGUCCGCGUGCAGACUGAGGCGCGGGGCUCCGUGUCCUCGAGCUGCGGAGGGCGGGUCCCCUGCGUCGUGCACUGAGCACACUGAAGCUCCGUGGUCGUGACCCCCGCGCGGGAAGUGGGACGUUUCUAGGCCACUUGGGGAGCAAAACCACAUCACGGGCCCGGGCUGUGGGUCGGACGCGGCGGGGUUGCCUCACGUUCCAUCUCCUUUCUGCCCUCACGCGGUCGAACGGAAGCCCUGGGCCGCUCUGCGUCGGAGCCUUCAAGCGCUCUCCGUGCUGCCCCCUGGCAGCUAACGCGGAGGCUCGGCGGACGGGCCCUGGAAGCAGGGGGUGCCCCGGCCAGGGAAGGGCUCAGAGGGCGGAGCCUCCGCGCAGGUCACUAGCAGCACCGCGCGCGGUCCUGGACGGGACACUGACGCACGGAGGAAAGAUGCUGAUAGAGGAUCCAGUUACCACUUGUCUUUCUCCCUCUGUCUAUGAUAUGAUCUGUAAACUCGGGUUUGAAGUCAAAGAAAGUUGUGAUAUCAACAGCAUUGUGACUCAGAGGGGUGAAGUAUGCUGGCAGACAAUCACAGACUGUGUGGUUUAUACAGAAUCAGCGCAGAGUCUGGAUUACCGGGGAAGCGUGAUGCUGCUGGGCCCCGUGUGUGCGGCUGUCCACUCACACUUGUUAUCUCUGACCAAGGGGCAGUUUGAAAUUCGAUACAUGCCGUGGCUGCAGUGGACAGCUUUUCCAGAGUUAUUUCCUGAACUGGUUGAUGCUCUGGAGACCCCUGGGGCUCCGGCUCUUCCUCUCGGCUUGAUGAAGCUGACGGCGUGUCUGGAACGGGCUCUGGGUGAUGUAUUUUUACUGAAUGGGAAGGAAUGCCCCUUUCUUUUGAGAGAUCUUCUCGCAUCCGAGGAGCUUGCUGAGGUCUUUGGACGGCCUGUGAUGGACGUGCUCAAAGUCUUCAUUGGAUCUCCCUGUGGCCUGAACCUGCGGAACAUCCUAUGGCAUGGCUUUGCAUCCCCUCAUGAAAUCCCCCCAAAAUACUGUUCAGUGAUGAUACUGUUGACGGCGGGACUGGGCCAGCUGCUGGAGAGGUACUUGCAGCGAACGGAGGCUGUGCUGGCGCGCCGACCUCUCGUAGCCCUUACAGGCCUGGAGGAGUUGGCCGUUUUCCCCGAUGUCACUUCUGAGGUACUUUCCGUGUUAGAAGAGGUGGUGAAGAAAUCCACUUUCGUAUCGAAGGUCAUGUUGCCGUACUGGGAAGCUGCAUUAAUCAGGUUCAGGUCACACAGGUUUGCUGACUGCGCCAUGUUGUUGCUGAGUCAGCUGGAGACGGGACUCAGGAGAGUUUUUGCCACCGUUAACGAGUGUCCGGAAAGACUUCUGACUGCUGAGUCAACGGCUCUUUAUACCACCUUCGAUGAAAUAUUGGCAAAACACUUGAGUGAUGGCAAAAUCAAUCAACUCCCUCUUUUCCUAGGAGCGCCUGCAAUGGAGUUUCUGUGGGAUUUCCUGAACCAUCAGGAGGGGCCCCGUCUGAGAGACCAUCUAAGCCACGGGGAAUUCAACUUACAUGACUUUCCUAGAGAGGCAACAACCCAGUUGCUUGCGUUCUCUGUCGUGCUGUUACUCAGAUUCACCGAUGAAGAUGUGUUGACGGCCUUUAAGGGAAAGGCAGCGAUAAAGUCAUUGGUCGCUCUUGCAGAGGGCUACACUGCUCACUUCCACCCAAUUUCUCAGCUUAAAAAACAGGUGCUGAGCUGUGAGAAGAGCAUCAGGGUGUGGCCCCUCCUGCCUUUGCCCCAGGAGGCCGAGGAGGCAGCCAGAUUAGAAGGUACUUCCGAAGCACGUGCCUGUAAGUCUCUAAUCACAGAAAUCCUGCGUGAGCUGUACCACCACCUGCCUGAGAGCCACGGUGCUGUCGGUGACGGGGACGGUCUUCCUGCUGAGAUGUGGCCCCAGCUGAUCCGGGAACUCUGCGGCACCCCCGUCCCCACUCUGUUCUGUCCCAGAACCGUUGUGGAAGUGCUGACCGUGCUUCGAAACAUCAGCGCACAGUGUGCCCGUGCGUCCAGCCAGGUGGUGGCCUCUGCGGGGCUGAGACACCAGCAGUGGGUGGAAAGAAGGCUGCGCUCCCGGCAGAGGCAGACCUACCUGCACAUGCUCGGCAGUAUUAAGCUGCUGUCUCCCGUGCUUUACCUGAUUUUAUUACUGAUUGCACUGGAAUUGGUCAACAUUCACGCAGUUUGUGGAAAAAAUACUUCGGAAUAUCAACAGUAUCUAAAGUUCUUAAAGUCGAUCUUGCAGUACAUGGAGAACCUGGUGGCUUACACCAGCCAACAGAAGAACAAGUGGAGCGAAACCAUCGCUCUUACCCGCACAGCUCUGCUGAAAAUUUGGACUUUCAGUGAGAAGAAACAAAUGUUAGUACAUUUAGCCAAGAAAUCCACGAGUAAAGGAGUCUUAUGAGAACGUGUACCGUCAGGAUGCUUUCGGCUACAUCUGGAAACCCAGCCCGGAGAGGCUUUACCAGCACGGAAAUUGAAAAGCCGAAGGUAGGGCGGCUUCCAGGGUGUGUUUGAUCAGGGAUCAAGUUCCGUUUCCCUGCAGCUGUUCCGUGUUUGUGUGAACCUCAGGCUGGGCCCCCCUCAGAACCAAAUGGCUGCAGCACCUUGGCCCCCACCAUGACACAGUGUCCACAGGAGGGGGAGCUUUUCCCCCGCAUUCCAGACACCCUUGGAAAUGGUCAGUGUGGGCAGGACCCUGCCCCCUGCUCCCUGCUGGCCCGGCUGCAUAGAUGCCGCUCCUGAGCCACCACCGGGGCACGGAGAGAGAGCCUGGGCCAGCCCAGUCUCAUCCCUGGAGCUGAGAGUGAGGUCGGAUGGUCCAGACCCCACGGGACAGCUGGGGGAGGGUGUACUGGGCAGACACGGGUGCCAGGCAGCAGGUUUGCCCUUUGGUGUGUGGCGGGGGGAGCAGGGGCCCUGGCAUGUGUCUGGGUCUGAAGCUUUUGCCUGGCGCAGGGAGAGCUGGAGGACUGGGGGUCAGGGGUGCAGUCGCCCCCAUCCCGCUCGGAGAGCCAGAGUCUGCAGUUCUUGGCUCUUGGAGCCGCUGCAGUUGCCUGGAACAUCUGGGAAGCCCGUGCCGUCGUCUCGGGGGUGGCAGCCCUCAGGACCCCAUGAGGCUGCCCCAGACCUCAGGUUUGCGUGCGUGCUGGGCCGUGCACAGCGAGUCGUGGCCUCCCUCCACCGUCCAGACCUGGCUCGUGGGUUCCAGCCCACGUCCGGGUCCCAGGAACGGCUCCACCACGUCUGUUUCUGGCUUCUCUGCCGUUGGAGAGCAGGGCCAAGGAGACCUCAAGGGGAAGGGGUGGUGCUGCGGGACGACACACUCCAGCACGUCCCGUCUAUCCCUUUGCCAACUCCACCCCUCACCCCUUGUAAACCAAGCUCCUGGGUAAGGACGGGGCACCGAGCCUCCACUCCCUCCGUGCAGCCUCCCCUGGGGCAAAACGCGGCCCCAAACCCCACGUGUCCUGAGCCGCUGCUCCUGGGACACGUUCUUUUGCAGUGUGGUCACGGCCUCCCUUGGACAGACUAAUCUAGGUGAUAGUUUAUGGGCUUAGCCCCUCUACUCUCCUGCUGUUGGAGCUGGGAUGGAAAAGGGGAAAUAAAGAAUGGGUGCACUUA